AGGGACCCGGUCCUAAUGUCGGAUACGCUGUUGGCAUUGGUUCAAGGCCCAGCAUCAAACCAUCAAACCCGGUCGUGCGAAUCUCAAUCUGGAAUCACCUUUAUGCUCGCCGCCCCGAUUUUCCAACGACAGAAUUGUGGUUUAUGUGGGCUUCUCGACACUGGUUCAUCUGCCUCGCAGGAAGCCAAUACGAUGGACAAACGAUUUGCUUGCUUUUCCUUCACCCGUCUUGCGUCUCGUUUCUCCCCCGAGAAUGAGACCUUUGGCCCAUUUAUCGGUACAAUUCACUGUACUGGAAGAAGUGACCCGUUUAUCAGAAUUCGAGAACCACCAGAGUCUUGCUGAUCGUAUAUUCGGAUCCUCUAUUCUAUGGAUUCCAUGCGACGUGGUCUGCGGCAGUGCAACUCCAACCAAGCAUUCCCUUCUCGUACCGCAUUCGUUUACUAUUCUUGUUGACAGUCGACAAGAAGAUCGUUUCGGUGUCGCUCGCGCCCCGUUUCACACUCAUUCAAAUGACCCAAAUCGCAAAAGGCGUCCAUCCAUCCCACCCGGCUAUCAUCCCGCGGCCACCCAGCGGGAUCCCCGUCCGCCGUGUUCGCAGCUCCCACGUUCUCGAUACCUAUUCUUUCCUCGGAGUCUCGCGCCUUAUCCUCAUUCCUCACAAGCAAGUCCUUGUUGCUUAUCUCCCCCCGGCUCACCCGAACAGCGACCGUCCCCUUUCCCUCCCAGCGUCACCAAAACCUUGAGCCUUGAAGGGGCCCACUCUGGCAGGAUGAUCCCCUCAAGUCCGUAUCAAGUUGAUGGGGAACCACUGAAUCCGCCUCCAGCUGAACUAUCUGCCACAGUGCCAAGAGAUGGACACUACGCUCUGGAGUCUGCGCCGCUGAUCAAGAUUUUCCCAGGCCCAACGUCAUCGGUGGGCGGGUUGUCGAUGCCAAUCUUGCUGUUCGCCCAAGCGGGUUGUUUCUUUCAAUCUGGUCUAAUCUGGCCUUCCUCGUCGGAUUGGUGAAUGAUGGUUCCAGUCAACAAAAGUAAGUGGUGCCUGCCUGUGGUUCCCUAAUGUUGAUCUCGGAAUACUCGAAAUGCUUGAUUCCUCCACCCCGGUGCUCCGUCGUUUAUGUUCUCGUCUCUGGUUGCCGUUUGUCGUUAAUCAUUAGGCGCGUUAUUCGUUUACUCAUUACUCAUGUGUUGUUCGUCAUUCGUCACUACCCGGCGGGCCGUCAAGGCUAUACUGGAAUGCGAUGAUGCAUCCAUACGUCUGCCGGCCAUGUUGCCUGCCCC